AUGGCUACUUCUGCAAGGCAGUGUGUUUCUACAGUCAAAGGCUCAAAUCAAGUGGUCAAACAGACAUAUUUUCAGGACAAAAAUUUGGAGAAUCUGGAAAGUGACCUAGUCCAUGCUGAAAAUACUUCUUUGCACCAUUUUGACAAUAGGAUUGCAUUAACCUUUCAGUCAAAUAUUUCUGAAAGUCAGAGAUUGAAAAAGGAAGACAAAAAUGGUUACAUUUGUAAGGAAUGUGGCAAAGCCUUCAACUGGCACUCAACACUAAUUGAAAAUCACCUAGUGCAUACUGGAGAGAGACCUUACAAAUGUGAAGAAUGUGGUAAAACUUUUAAGUAUGGGUCAUCGCUAAAUGGACACAGGAAAAUCCAUACUGGAGAGAAAUAUUACAAACUUAAAAAAGGUGGGAUGGCCUUUACCCAAGACUCACCUCUUACUAAACACCACAGAAUUCAUGCUGGAGAGAAAUCUUUGGAAUGUCAACAAUGUGGCAAAUCCUUUAACUGGCCCUCAAGCCUUAUUCAACAUCACAGAAUUCAUACUAGAGGGAGACCUUACCAAUGUAAAGAAUGUGGCAAGACCUUUUUUUGGCCCUCAGGCUUUAAUCCACAUUCCAGAAUCCAUACCAGAGAGAAACCUUACCAAUGUAAAGAGUGUGGCAAGGCCUUUAAAUGGCACUCAUACCUUAAGGAACAUUACAGAAUCCAUACCGGAGAGAAACCUUACCAAUGUAAAGAAUGUGGCAAGGCCUUUAAGUGGCACUCAUACCUUAAUCAACAUCACAGAAUUCAUACUAGAGAAAAACCUUACCAAUGUAAAGAGUGUGGCACGGCGUUUACCUGCACCUCAGAUCUUACUGGACAUCACAGAAUCCAUACUGGAAAGAAACCUUACAAAUGUCAAGAAUGUGGCAAGGCCUUUAGCCAGCAAUCAUCCCUUAUUCAACAUCACAGAAUGCGUACUGGAGAGAAGCCUUACAAAUGUCAAGAAUGUGUCAAGGCCUUUAUCCAUCACUCAAAGCUUACUGAACAUCACAGAAUCCAUACUGGAAAGAAACCUUACCAAUAUAAAGAAUGUGGCAAGGCCUUUAACCAGCCCUCAGUCCUUACUAGACAUCACAGAAUCCAUACUGGAGAGAAACCUUUCCAAUGUGAAGAAUAUGGCAAGGCCUUUAAACAGCUCUCACACCUUAACCAACAUCACAGAAUUCAUACUGGAGAGAAACCUUACCAAUGUAAAGAAUGUGGCAAGGCCUUUAAAUGGCACUCAGACCUACUCAACAUAUCAGAAUCCAUACUGAAGAGAAAUCUCACCAAUGUAAAGAAUGUAGCAAGGCUUUUAGCCGACAGUCACACCUUAUUAAACAUCACAGAAUUCAUACUGAUUGAAACUUUACAAAUGUAA